UGUAUAUAAACAAGGCUUUGCUAUUUGUGAAACGUUUAACACGGUUUCUCAAGAGAAAGGCCUGUACUGAUACGUACUUCGAGAAUCGAUCAGUUAACUUUAGACAAUAUUUAAACAAACAUUUGAUAACUGAAGUAAGGUGGAUAAUAAGAAUCGAUGUUUGAAGUGCAAUAAAACUGUCAAAUAUAGCAUGGUACAUACUUAUUACUACAGGAUAUGCAUGAGAUAUACAUGCUGAUGGAUUUUUACAUAAACUUAUACAUGUACAAAGUUAUAUUUCAUAAAGACGGGAAGGGAAAAGAAGAGAUGAGUAAAACACAAAUUAGAUAUUCAUUGGAACUGAUAUUCACUGGAUCUGAUGUUCAUUGGAACUUAUAGUAGAAUCCGGAUUAUACCAAUUUGAAAAAAGUUGAUUUAGUUCGCACGUGCCCACAUGCCGGAGAUAGUGAUGACACAUUCAGAAUCCUCCGUCACGUGCUCGACGGAUGUGACCAAUCAUAUUAAAGAAUUAACGGAAUAUAUGAACAGUGCAGAUAUUAUGCCAGACGGGUUCAGUGAUAGUGAUGAAAGUUUAGAAAACGAGGGCUCAGUCUACCAACCAAUCUCUAAACACACGCAAGACGUUAUAGAGACGGAAAAACGAUUGCUACACACACUAGGAUUAAAAAACGAAUUGUUUGAACGCCGCGUUCCUCUAAAAGUUUACAAAAAUAAGAAAGCUGAGGAGAAACAUGACAAACAAUUACACGUGCGUCCGAAAUCUACUGGUACGACGUGUAGCAUAAAAAAUAAGUCUGAGAAUCAAAAUAGUGAUGAAAAGACAAAACAUGAAUCAGCGCAUAAUGACAAGACACACAAACAUGAUAACGAACAUCCUGAUAAAACACAUCAUCAUCAUAAUCAUCAUCACCACCAACAUCACCAUCAUGGGAAGUCACAUCAUCAUCAAACGCAACAUCAAAGUACUUCCCAUCACCAUGAAAGCUCUCAUGAAAAGCAUCAAAACAACCAUCAUCACCACCGUAAUCAUCACCAUUAUCAUCACCACGAGGGGUCACAUGGAAAAGAGCACUAUGGGAAGUCUGGUCAAGGAAAACACCAUAACGAAAAAGGCGAUCAGGAGAUAAGUGAUAAUUUUGACAAAGAAUCGACCCCUUUUGACGCAAGUUUCUUCGAAAUUAUUUCACCAGGACAGUCAGAAGAGUUUUUGCACAUGCCAUUAAUGUCUCCUCCACCGAAAGUAAUCUCAGAAUCUCCAACGGGGAGCAGCAGCAGCUAUUCCAGACCAAUAUCCUAUAAAUUCCUUCUUGCCGGAGAAACCAUAAAAUGCAAUUUCGACGAGAAUAAGAACAACGACGCAAAAGCAACUUUACUGUCAGAACAAUUGAAAGAUACUCAGCCUGUCUGUCUUUGUUCGUCAUAUAACGCAUAUGAUGACGCUUUUACGGGCUGGGAGGUCCCGCAGAAAGGGAAUAAGACAAAAAAUUGCCGCCGGAAAAGAAAUAUGAAACCAGGAUCCUCAGACAUCACGUUCAGUAGACUUACACACACUAUGGGCAAAGACCCGGUGAUUUUUCAGCAUUACAACGACUAUUCUAAGUACAUAGAACGAUACCGUUUCUAUCAUACGGUAGGGAACGUCGGACGGCCGUUAUCCUACUCAAAUUAUGCGGAAAAGGGGGUGGAUUCUGACCCCUACUACAGUAAAAUGAAGUCAAAUUUAACAAGUGCCAUAGCAGGUCCCUUCUACGGGCUAGCUGCUCAACUUUUGGAAGAAAAGACUGGUUCUGCAUCGAGUAGAGGAAGUGCACAUGACAGGCCAAGAUCUGAUGAUGACAGUAUAGAAGAUAGUAGUGUUGAUGCCAGGCCAUACUCCAUGCGUGACAGGGGCAAAGCUUUAAACCUCGCACCAGUGCGUGAAUGUACUGUUCCGAAUCUCAGACCUACGGAUAAAAUUGACAUUAUGCAGUUAAAUAAAUACUUAAAUCUCACCACGCCUCCGGUGCCUAGUAACUGUAUACAGCUUAAUUUCGAUGAAGUGAAAGCAAAACGUUACGGCAUAGCCAAUGAGAGCAACAUGUUUCCUGCAUCAAGCCCUCGCCGUGGUGGGCGGACCUUGCGGUUAGGUAGUGCAGAAUUUGUAAAACCAGGAACGCCAGAUGCUAAUCAGAAAUGGACUGUAGAUAAGCGUGGUUUGCAUCGGUCCGCUGUUACUUCAGGUGGCUCCAUGCCCGGAAAUCUUUUCGUAGGUAGUACCGUGUGGUCACCAGUACCAUCGAAUACGACACGUGCUAAAAGUGGCGGGAGAAUGUCACCAUAUGUGCAGUUUCAAAAAGAACAUUUACAAAACCCCUCUACACCGCCGCAGCAAGUAUCAGGCCAAAAUUUCAAGUCAUGUGAGCGUGUGACAGACUUGUCGGGUAAAGAUGGCAAAGAGCGCGGAAAAUUUAGUUACACACACGCGGCGAACUCUGAACGGCCGCCACCACCAGUACGCACAGCUACUGCAGUAGAUUUCCAAGAAACUUAUAUACCACGUGACAGAUCUCGUACAAUCACGUUAGAUGUAAAUCACCUUGGAAUAAGAGGUCAGCCAUAUAAACAAAGAGAACAAAUAGUGCUUUAUAAAAACAGACGAGCUCAGAUUGCAAGAUCAUAAAACAGAGUAGAAGUGUUUUAAAUAUUGUUGUAAUAUGAUUGACUAGAUAUGCAAAAAACAUAAUUUUAUAUAUUUUUUUAAAUAAAUAAAAAAAAUUG